AUGGACGCAUUACCCUCUUCCUACCGCCUCCUUGCCGCUCUCCCUACACACAUAACAUUGCUGCGGCCACUACCUGCGCAGUUACGCGCACUACGCACAUUACCGCCACAAUGGCGCUUCACAAACACACGAGCCAUCAGCACGUCGGCGCCAAAGAUCGACCGCUCCAAGUCCAAGCUGUUCAAAGAUGCCGACGAAGCAGUCGCGGACAUACAGCCGGGUUCCACCAUUCUGAGCGCAGGCUUUGGGCUCUGCGGUGUUGCAGAAACGCUGAUUCAGGCGAUGAAGAAGCGUGGGCCCAAGUCGCUGCAUUCGCUGACGGCGGUGUCGAACAAUGCCGGUAUCGAGGAUGUUGGGGGGUUGGCGCAUUUAACCAAGAAUGGACAGGUUGAGAAACUCAUCAUCUCGUUCCUCGGGAAUAACAAGGCGCUGGAGAAACAGUACCUUUCUGGUGGUAUCGAGAUUGAGCUUUGUCCGCAGGGUACGCUGGCUGAGAGGUUAAGGGCUGCUGGAGCUGGUAUUCCGGCAUUUUAUACGCCAACGGCAGUGGACACGUUGGUGGCGGAAGGCAAGGUGCCGGCGAGGUUCAAUGGCGAGGGGAAGGCUGUCGGAUAUGGGAAGAAAAGGGAAGUGAGGGAGUUUGGGGGGAAGAGGUAUCUGAUGGAGGAGGCGUUGAAUGGCGAUGUUGCGAUUGUCAGGGCGGCAAGAGUGGACGAAGCGGGCAACUGUGUGUUUAGAUACACCACCAAAGCCUUUGGGCCCGUAAUGGCAAAAGCAGCUCGUCUCACCAUCGUCGAAGCAGAGGAGAUAGUACCCAUAGGCACCUUUGACGCAGACGACAUCGACCUCCCCGGCAUCUUCGUUGACCGCAUCGUCCCCUCCACAGUCCCCAAGAACAUUGAGAUUAAGAAACUCCGCAAAGAAGAAGCCGCUUCCACCACCUCGCCCACCGCAUCUUCGGAAAACAUGUCCAGCCGCGAACGCAUAGCCCGCCGCGCAGCCAAAGAGUUGAAACACGGCUACUACUGCAACCUAGGCGUCGGCAUUCCCACUCUCAGUGCCUCGUUCGUCCCUCCAACCACCAAAGUAUGGCUUCAGUCGGAAAACGGCAUCCUAGGCAUGGGACCCUACCCGACCGAAUCCGAGCUCGACGCCGACAUCAUCAACGCCGGCAAAGAGACGGUGACACUCCUGCCGGGCGCAAGCACCUUUGACAGCUCCGAAUCCUUUGGCAUGAUCCGCGGCGGCCACGUCGACGUCAGUAUCCUCGGUGCGCUCCAAGUCAGCGCCGCCGGCGAUCUCGCAAACUACAUGGUCCCCGGCAAGGUCUUCAAGGGCAUGGGUGGCGCCAUGGAUCUCGUGUCCAACCCCGAAGCUACCAAAGUCGUUGUUGCGACCGAGCACACGGCCAAGGACGGUAGCAGCAAGAUUGUACAAGAGUGCGGGUUGCCGCUGACGGGGGCGCGUUGUGUGAGCACGAUCAUCACCGACCUUUGCGUCUUCGAGGUGAAUCGGAAGAGGGGUGGGCUGACGCUGACGGAGGUGGCGCCGGGCGUGGAUGUACAGAUGGUGAAGGAGAAGACUGAUGCAGCGUUUGAGGUUGCGCCGGAUUUGAAGACUAUGGAUUAG